AUCAACCAUCAACCACCAAUCACUACAUACACAAUGGCCUCGAAAUCUGCUGCAACCAACACCAUGCUCCCCCCUGCCAAACCUAUCACGCCCUUUUGGCGCACCGAACUCGACCAGCUCGACGACGUCCGCACCACCCCCGACCUGCCCCCGCAAAGCGACAUCGUGAUUAUCGGCGCCGGCUAUUCGGGCGUCACGCUAGCAUACUACCUCCUGAAACAGCUGGCUGACCAGGGCGACAAAACCACCACCGUGACCCUUCUCGAAGCGAGACAAAUUUGCUCAGGCGCGACAGGUCGAAAUGGCGGACACCUCCGCCCCGACAUUUACGGACACAUCCCAACCUACAUCACGCGCUACGGGCUCGACGCGGGCGUCGAAAUCGCCGACUUCGAAUACGCGCACAUCCAAGCGCUGAAGGAUCUCCUCCGGGAAGAGAACAUCGACUGCGAUCUGAACAUCACCCGGAACAUGAAUGCCUAUUUGGAUGACGUGUCGGCAGAGAAUGCGCGGAAAGCGUAUGAGAUGCUUCUCGCGCGGGGGGUAGAGUUGGCCAAGGAUUUGCAUUAUACGUCGCAGAGGGAUGCAGAGGGUGUCUCCGGAAUCAAAGGCGCUAAAGCCUGCAUCUCCUACACAUCAGGCACACUCUGGCCCUACAAGUUCAUUCUCGGCCUGCUCAACAAGAUCAUCCAUUCGACGCAGCUAAACGUCCAAACCCACACCCCCGUUACCUCCAUUACCACCGAAGGCGAAACCCACACGAUCCACACCCCCCGAGGCUCCCUCCGCGCUGGCAAGAUCGCCUACGCCACCAACGCCUACACUGCCGGUCUUCUGCCCGAGUACUCCGACAACAUUGUCCCCUGUCGGGGAAUAUGCUGCCACAUCACAGUGCCCGAGGGCAAGACCGCGCCGUUUCUUCCGUACUCGUAUGCCAUCGGGUACGGAUCCGAGGUGGUCAACGGCGGGAGUUACCUGAUUACGCGGCCCGAUGGAAGUAUCAUUGUCGGUGGGGCGCAGUAUACCUUCAAACGGGAUCUGGCACAGUGGUAUGGAGUUGUGGAUGAUACGACGCUGAUUGAGUCCGCGAAAAAUUACUACGAUGGGUACAUGCAACGGACGUUUCGGGGGUGGGAGGACAGUGGCGCGUAUGUGAAGGAGAUUUGGACAGGAGUAAUGGGCUACUCCUACGACUCGCACCCUCACAUCGGCCAAGUCCCCAACAAACCCGGACAGUAUAUCUGCGCCGGGUUCAACGGCCACGGCAUGCCGGUGAUUCUCCUGUCUGCGAAAGAGCUGGCGGGAAUGAUUCAGACGGGGAAGAGCUUCGAGGAGACGCGCAUGCCGCGGAUGUUCAAGACGUCGGAAGAGAGGAUUGAGAAGGCGAGGACGGGGCCAAAGGGGGGAGACAUUCUAGCCUGAGCAUCACAUACGAAGUGGGACUUCGCCAGACACCUUCAUUUACUACAUAUUAUAUCUGUCACACAAGAAGCCCUCAUCGUUAGUAUGUAC